UCGGAGAGUGAUAUUGGAAUGAUUAUCUAGAAUUUGAAGACUCAAAUAUAUGAAGAUACACGCUUGUUGGUUAGUAAUAAUAACUUUAAAUCACAGUAAUAAAUAUUGCCUGUUAGUGAGAAACAUGCACUUGAACUGUUCACUGCACACUAACUUUAGUGUAUAGAUUUCGACCAUGUUCUACAUUAUUAUACACUAUUCUUUAAGAAAGAUGACCAAGUUUUUGAAGAUGUGCCAUAAAUGGUCAUUUAAUUUGAAAGCAUAAUGAAUUUCCUCCUCUGCUUCCAGCCGUACAACCAUAGCGAUGUAUAGGUUUACCCUUAGAUCAGGUGAUAGUUCAUAAAGUAUCUCCUUAGUCAAAGCGGAAUCUCAGAGAGUGAGGGGAUGGGCUGUUAGGAGCCUCAGCAGAGCACUCCUUCUGCAGCCUCUGUCCAAGCCAGAGCUGUGCUGUCCGUUUGAAAAAGUUUGGGCAAAUAAACUACCCAAAUGGGAAGCGGAAUUAGUUCAGAGAGCAAGGAGUCAGCCAAAAGAUCAAAAGAACUGGAGAAAAAGCUUCAAGAAGAUGCGGAGCGAGAUGCAAGAACUGUAAAGUUGCUCUUAUUAGGAGCAGGAGAAUCUGGAAAAAGUACAAUUGUUAAACAAAUGAAGAUCAUCCAUAAGAACGGUUACAGUGAGCAAGAAUGCAUGGAGUUCAAAGCAGUAAUUUACAGUAACAUAUUGCAAUCCAUCCUAGCUAUUGUGAAAGCCAUGACUACCCUUGGGAUUGAUUAUGUGAAUCCCAGAAGUGCAGAAGACCAACGACAACUUUGUGUGAUGGCGAACACUCUGCAAGAUGGUGGCAUGACACCUGAACUGGCUGAGGUGAUAAAAAGACUCUGGAGAGACCCAGGAGUUCAGAUCUGCUUUGAAAGGGCAUCUGAAUAUCACCUCAAUGACUCAGCAGCUUACUACCUUAAUGAUGUAGAUAGAAUCACAGCUCCUGGAUAUGUCCCAAAUGAGCAAGAUGUUCUACAUUCUCGAGUGAAAACAACUGGAAUCAUUGAAACUCAAUUCUCCUUCAAAGAUUUGCAUUUCAGAAUGUUCGACGUAGGAGGACAGAGAUCUGAGAGAAAGAAAUGGAUUCACUGCUUUGAAGGCGUUACAUGCAUUAUAUUUUGUGCUGCGCUCAGUGCCUAUGACAUGGUCCUAGUGGAAGAUGAGGAAGUGAACAGAAUGCAUGAAAGCCUUCACCUAUUCAACAGUAUCUGUAAUCACAAGUACUUUGCAACCACCUCCAUUGUCCUGUUUCUCAAUAAAAAGGAUCUCUUUCAAGAAAAAGUAACCAAAGUGCAUCUUAGUAUCUGCUUUCCAGAAUACACUGGACCAAAUACAUUUGAAGAUGCAGGGAACUACAUCAAAAACCAGUUUCUAGACCUGAAUUUAAAAAAAGAAGAUAAGGAAAUUUAUUCCCACAUGACCUGUGCUACAGAUACCCAAAAUGUCAAGUUCGUGUUUGAUGCGGUUACAGAUAUAAUUAUCAAAGAGAAUCUAAAAGACUGUGGGCUUUUCUAAUCAGCCCUUUUUUCUUCCACUCUUGUUCUUGUACACUUUUCAAGAUAUAAAAGGAAAGGUGCUGUGUGAUGUGUUUAGUUUUAAUAAUAUUAACUUAUCUAGAAAUAUAACUAGUGUUAUAAAACAAAAAUUUUUCAUAUAAAAAUUUUAAUAUACUGUCAGCUCUCUCUGGAUGUUUCAGUUUCUUUGGCACCGUGAGGAUGGGGGUGUCUUUGAUGUCUGAUGUCCUUAGGUCUGAAAAUAUACAUUUUGGUAAAGCUCUAUCAGUACAUAUCACUGACACUGAAUUUUCUUGGUAGGAAAUUUCUGUAUUGUGGUCUAUUUUUAAUUAUAGAACAAUGAAAAAAUGCAAAGUAUCCCAUAUUAUUUUCAUUGGCUAGAAUUUGAGAGGCAUUUGUUUUCACUGAUAUGUAAUUGUGCCUGUACUAUAAAGACUAUUUAUUAUUGGCCCAUUACUCCUAUUCAGUAAGCUGCUAAUGAAAUGUUCACUCUACAUGUACUUGUUGAUAGGAAAUUUUAUAUGCAAAAGAAAUGCACGUAAUUUUAUCUGUCAUGUUUUCCUUUGAAAAAAGUGAUUAAUGCUGAAUUUUACCUUAUAUUGAAGAUUUUAACACAAUAUCAUUUUGUAUCAGCCUAGUUAAAAAUGG